AUUCACCAUUCCACACUCUUCCCUCACAUCUCAACUCAACCCAAAUUCACUUCCAAUUUUCCUCUUAAACCCAUCACUUCUUUCACUAUUUCCUUUAAAACAUAAGAAGGGAAUUUUAUUUCUUGCUAAUUAGUUCUCCUUUGCAUUUGUAUGCGGGUAGAAGUACUCGAGUCAAGAAUUAGUUAUUAUUGUUGUUGCUGUUGUCGAAGAAAAAAUGGAGAACCAGAAUUAUGUACCGCAACAUGUGGACGCGUCUAGGCCGUCGUUAGGCUUCCCUUUGGGCACUGCGGUUUUGUUGAUUCUCAUAUUUUGCUUAAGUGGCAUAUUUUCUUGCUGUUACCAUUGGGACAAGCUCCGCUCUCUCCGCCGCUCUUUCUCUGACCUUGAAGCUGGCCUUGAUCCUGCUUCUUUGAAAAUUAAGCAAAAUAACUUGAAUUGGAAGCAAAAGCAAAGCACAAUUUUGCCAGCAGUAUUAAUGCCAGGAGAUGAAGUACCAAAAUUCAUAGCAUUUCCAUGUCCAUGUCAAUUUCCAAGACCAGAAAAGGUUGUCGAAGAGUUGCCGAAACUGCCGCCGCCGUUGCCUUCGCCGCCUAAGCCGCCUCGAACGGUGGCGGAAGUACCUUUCUACCAGUGAAAAAAGCUUUUCAUUGAGGACUAGGCUACUUGGUGUAUAGAGUUUUUGUUUAAUCAAAUUCCGAAUAUUUUUACUUGUAAAUAGUAUUGAAAUUUAAAGUAGAAAUGGCAUGGUGUAGCCACUAUUUAAGGUGGUAUUUAUUUUUUAUCCAACAA